AUGCUCCUCGUGAAGGAAAACGUCGCCGUUUCACUCCAAGAUCUCACGGCUGCCAUCACGUGCUUCCCGAACCUUUCUCAUCUGCACCUCAGCGACAACAGCGUUGAGACCAUCAGCGACGCAUUUCUCGAUUUCCUCGCUUCUGCGUGCCCUAAACUGGUGUCGCUGCACGUGGGGAGAGAGAUCACGCUGACGGCGGAAUAUGAGCCUGAGGAGAUGAACCUGGUGACCGAGGCUGGUUUGGACCGCUUCCUGCGUCGCUGCUCUCGGCUGCAGCACCUCUCGCUCUACUGCCUGCAUCGCUACUGCAAGCUGCCGGAUUCUCUCUCGCUCCUUACGAAUCUACACACCCUCGCUCUCACCGAAGCCUCACCUCUCGAGGCUCCAGGGUUCACGAAAUUGACUUCUCUUACCGCACUCUCCGUCGACAUGAUUCCACAGCCUGAAGGUCUGAAUUUUGCGAGCCUCACGCAUCUCCCGGCGUUCACCACCCUCGCAUUGUUCAACUACGCAUGGCUGAAAUUAGAAGUCGCCGGCUCUCAACCAUUUUCAUUCGCCCAGCUGCCCUGGCUGAAAGCGGUGGAGUUCGACGCGUUCAGUCCGCGAUUCGAGUUUAUGUUUCCCUCGGGAGUCUCCUUCAGCCGUCUCGAGCGGCUGCUUCUUAAAGGUAGCAGUGUCAGCGAGGUGGCACGUCUUCCUGAUGACAUUGGACAGCGGUUGCCACGCCUUCGGCAUCUGAGCUUGUGGGGAUGGAAUAAUGUUCCCGAGCUGCCCGAACAGUUAGCUUCACUAAGCUGCCUGCGUGACCUGACUAUUUUCUCAUGCGACAUUGUCAGCCUGCCCGAAAACUUUGGAGAGCUGCCCGCUUUGAAAGUGCUGACGCUGAACAGCCUGCCGAUUACAAGUCUCCCAGAUUCAUUCUACCAGCUGACAACUCUGGAAGCCCUCUAUCUGUCUUAUUGCAACGCAAUCUUUGAGCUUCCUGCAAGGUUCGGCUUCCUCACCGCACUCAACUCCCUCUACAUCCUCAACUCGCCGAACCUGAAGCUCCCAGACGACAUAGGCUCACUCACCAACCUCCGCACCUUCCGUCUGAGAGAGAAUUCCCCCCAGCAGCAGCUUCCAUCCUCCUUCACGCAGCUGUCCUCCCUCACAAUGCUCGAGCUCACCGAGUGGAGCUCCCAGCGCCUCACCCCUCUGCUCGAGCUUCCUUCUCUGCCCAGGCUGAGAAGAAUAACCUUAACAAGUGUUGGGAUCAUGUGUGGACUGGCUGUAGGCAUGACCCUUCCGUCCCUGGAGCACUUAGAGCUGGCGCUGGCUGGAGAGACAGAGGACCUUCCACUGCCUCUGGAACUUCUCUCAAACCUCCGCGGCUUGACUUUCCACAGCACUGGUUGCAUGGAGAGGCUUCCAGAAGGGUUUGGUUCGGCAUUGCGGCAGCUGAGGGGGUUGCAGAUUCACCAGGCUGCAGAAUUGAAGGAGCUGACUGAUAGUUUCACCGACCUUCAAUCCCUGACCUUUGUUGAAAACCAUGCACCUAAGCUUGCCUUUCUUCCGCACGGCAUCGGGGCGUUGUCUCGACUGCGCCAGCUGAAUCUUGAUAAGUGCUCAUCGCUCACCCACCUCCCUGCUUCUCUCACCCAACUUUCCUGCCUUCAUGCGUUGAAUCUCCGCCGGCCUUCCAACUUUGGACAACUGAGCCGGCUUAAAGAGCUCAAUCUGGACGGCUGCAGGCAGCUGGCUUCUCUGCCGGAGGACCUCUCCCAACUGAAGAUGCUUCUCAGCUUGACUCAUGAAUGCUGUGACGAACUUGAAGCUCAUUUUGAAGCUCAAGCUAUGGAAAGAAGGUAUGGGUUGUCUGCAUACCACUCGUAG